UUUCCCUAAAUUAUUGAUAAAUGGUUUAAUUAUUCACUCGCUAAGGCUUAAAAGUCGUUUCGGUUGACUGUGUUUCUGAAAAGUGUGGCUAGAGAGUUUUAAAUGAACUGAGGAUAGUAAAGGUGUUUGAGUCAGCUCGCCAGCAAGUGAGGGGAAUUUAGUCAAGCCGAACAGUCAUGUGCCAUGACGUGACAGCGGACUCUAGCGGAAAUUUAGUGUUCAAGUUCAUACUGUUUCGCUCAAGACACUGAAGAAGAUGGCGUAGGAUAACACACGAUGAAAGAGAGGACGAACGAAAAAAAUCAAGAAGGGAAAAGCACAACAAAGUGUAAAAGUGAGACAAUGAUGAAAAUAACGAAUGGAAGAAGAAAGUAAAUAAGAGAGAAAAAGAGAAAGAAGAAAAAAUAGGACACAGUGAAUAAAAAGACACUAAAAGAAAAUAAAAAACUGAUUUUUCAAAAUACACGACGAUACCAGAUUACGAAUUAGAUUAAAACCAAAGCGAAAUUACCGUAAACUGCAAGACCAUCAAUUCUUUAAUUAAACAAGAAAUUCUCCCCGUAUGUACAAAAUGACCAGAGUGGACGCAAUGGAGUUCCAGCCAGAGUACAACAGCGUGAGGUUAAAUGACCCGCCCGACCGCUACCGGCAGAUCGCGCAGGAGUUCUGGGACCUUCAGGACCCCGACAGGAAGCGCAGGAUCCCCUUGGCCCGCCUCAAGGAGCGCAUCCUCAGGACCAAGGACGCCGACGGCCUCGCCAACGCCCUCGUCAUCCAGCUUCUGCAGGAGGCCGACAAGAACUACGAUGGGUAUCUUAGCUAUGAGGAGUACAUGCAGUUCACGGAGGAGGCGAGGGCGCGAGGCGAAGGGCGCCAGGGCUUCAACCGCGCCGCCCUCAGCAUCCUGCCCCGAGGCGAUAGGACGGUGGAGGCGAGGCGUUACAUCGAGUACUACCGCUGCUGCCCUCCGCCCUUCUUCAUGGUGCUGGCGUCGCUGGUGGAGAUCGGCGUGUUCACCUACUACGCCCUCGACAUGGACCGGCCGAUGGGCGCGUCUGGCCCGGCCCCCAUCUACUCGCCUCUCAUCUACAACCCCUACAGGCGCUACGAGGCUUGGCGGUUCGUCAGCUACGCCCUCAUUCAUUCGGGCUGGCUCCACCUCGUGACCAACCUCGUGAUGCAGCUCAUCUUCGGCGUCCUCCUCGAACUCGUGCAUCGCUGGUGGAGGAUCAUGCUCGUGUACUUCGCCGGCGUCCUUGCAGGCUCCCUCGCGCACUCGCUCACGGCCCCUUCCAUGUACCUGGCGGGGGCGUCGGGGGGAGUCUACUCGGUCAUGUACGCGCACGCGGGGAACCUCGUUCUGAACUGGUCGGAGAUGGAGUACCGCUGGAUUCAGCUGAUCAUCAUUAUCUUCGUCAGCGUCCUGGAUCUGAGCUACGCCUUCUACGACACCUACGGCAGCGCCACGCCCUCGAACACGGGGCACAUGGCUCACCUGGGCGGGGCCAUCGCGGGCGUGCUGGUGGGCGUGAGCAUCCUCCGGAACCUGCAGCGGAGGCGUUGGGAGCGGGUGUGCUGGUGGGUCUCCUUCACCAUCUACAUCAUCCUGGUUGGGACGGCGGUCGUCCUCAACGCUUCCCUGCAGGACUACUUCCCGGAAAAUGACUACACUUCGUUUGCCGUCCUCAGGGCGGACUACCUCUCGCGGUCUACGUGAGAUGGCUGUGAGUGACGUCAUAGGUGGCUGGGAGUGACGUCGUACGUGGAGGUGACGUGAAAAAAUUUGACAUAACAGAAGACGUAAGAGGAGGUGAUGACCGAAAGGGGGGUGACACGAGCGCUUUAUCCCCAACACGGUUUGUUGGUGAUAAAGGACUCCUUGACGCACACGGAUUCGCGUGCGCGUGGGCUGGUUUUCCACGCAUGACCAGCAUCGUUCGAAUGUAGCCUCGCAAACGAACAUAAAUGAAAAUAUGAAAUAUAUUGGUUAUGUAUUCUUUAUUAUAUCUAUCAUAUCCAUUACUAUUUUUUUGUAAUUUUGUAUUUCAAACACAUAAGAUUAGUAUUUUCAGAUUAAUUAUGAAAUCAAGUAUAAUUUGACUAUGGAUACAGCACCAUCUCUAUUUACACGGUUGCGUUGUGGUGCAAGCUUGAAAACCAUUAAAAAUCAUGAUAAACACACCUUUCCCCUCUUGCUAACCAGGGACAAACCCACACCUGUCUGUUCUUUCGUUUCUUGCCACAAAUUUGCGAAAUAGUCGUUGCUUCUGCGAAAAGGCCGGUGCGUGCUCUAGAAGCGCUUGCCAUGUCUGGGACCGACGGCUGCGGGCGAUGGGCUUUUGUGAGCAGAGCGCGCGGAACGAGCAGUCAUUUGCACACUGUUGGUGAUGAAAAUGCUCGUGUGAUCGCUCCUUAGGAGGAAGUGAGUACGGAAGAGAAAAAUUCGCUUUAGCUGAUCGAUAUCUAUUAUUAAAAUGAGGCCACCACUUCAAAUAGUAUUCUAAUUAGAUGAUUAUCUAUAUAUAUAUAUAUAUAUAUAUAUAUAUAUAUAUAUAUAUAUAUAUAUAUAUAUAUAUAUAUAUAUAUAUAUUCAAUUAAGUAAUCUGUGGCGAACAUUACCUUGAACUGGUGGCAGGAUAUAUCAUUUACAUAUUGUAACUGAAUGAGAAUAACUGAUGAUCAGCCAUUGCAGAAACAGUUUCUGUUCAACCCCGAACUAAAACCCAGAAGUGAUGAUAGGCAUUAUAUAAGUUAAUUAUAAGUAAUAAGUUUUCACUUGACUGUCCCCGGUUUCUUUGGAAAGAUGUAAAAACACUUCCAAAGAUAAAACGAAAUCCGCUUCUUUCCAUGAGGCACUUUCCAAAUAACAAAAUGUUUCCAUUCUUAUCCAAGUUAGCUUCAUUCUGGCUCUCAGUUCUGAUUACGUGCAAUGUGGGUGUCUUUUGAAAUGUCAUUAUUGUUUUGCUUUUGAUGUACAACUGUCCUUGUUAUUGCAGUGCCUUCAAUGUGUUCAUCAGAUAGAUGCAAUGAGAAUGUCUUUUAAGUGUCCUUAAUUAGGAAUGUGUUUCAAUAGUAGCCCAUAAAGACGUUUAUGGUUAAUCAAAAAUGUACUAAGGAAAACAAUAAAACAGACUGGAAUAAAUCUGACUGUAUAAUGAGAUACGCGGACAAAUCAAGACCGAAGAACCACAGAAAAAUAAUCCAGUCAUAAUACACAAGUUUA